UAUCGUGGAUUUUCAAGCGGAAAACUAAAUUUCCUUUGUCAACUGACAAACGGCGAUUGCAGUGCGAUUGCAAUAAACCAAAGAAGAAGCCAAGUGCCAACCGCCCAACCGGCCAUCAGCCAAGUGCCAAGUGCUCAACGGUUCAACUCCUCAAUCUAGAUGUGACUACGUCGCACAUUGUGCAUUAAACAACAAAUAGAUAAAAUUGCAAAUAUUAUAAUAAAUAAUAAAAUUGUGCGUAAAUUAUUGUGUCUUAACGUAAAUUUGCAUUUUGUUGCAUAAGUGAAAAUCAGUUAAACAUAAAAAAUAGCUGUGUAAAUACAAAAAGAACUAGUGAAAAAGCAAUAAAAAUAAUAUAAAUAAAGAUGAGUCUACGCGGUGUACAUGCAUUGGAUUCAACCGAUUCGAUUGAUAUACCAGAGCCGCGUAUCAGUCGUUAUCCCUUUGUGACUACGCAUCGUGUUAUGCGUUCCAUAUCAGGACCUGGAGCCAUAUCACCCAGAGCUGAUUCUCCCACCUCUACUGCAGCGGCACGUCUAUCGAAGACACCGGUGCCCGGUGAAGUCUCCGAAGAUGGUCUCCCCAAUGAGAUUUCCGCACCAUAUGAGGUACCACAAUUCCCGAUCGAACAAAUUGAGAAGAAAUUACAAAUCCAACGGCAAUUAAAUGAGGCAAUACCAUCCAGACCCGAGAAGUAUACAUCAAUAAUAACUGAAGAGAGCUUAAUGACAUUGGAUCAAUACGAUUCGGAGGAACAUGAAUUGCCCAAUUUUCAACGUGUUUCCAUUUCCGGUGAGGAUACAAGUGGUGUGCCAUUGGAGGAUUUAGAACGCGCCUCCACGCUGCUCAUACAAGCGUUGGAAUUACGUGAACGUUAUAUGUUGCAUUCGGGUCAAUCGUUUCCGACCACAACAAGACGUUUUCUAAAAACCGUGCACGAACGUAAUCGUUUCGGCACGAUUGAACACGAGAAUCGCAAGACCAUUGCAGCCAUAAUACGCAAGAUCAGCCUCCCCAGUACGCAGACAGAUCAUCCCAUACAUCCACCGAACGACAAGUCUGAUCCUUGGGAAGUGGAAUUUCCAGCUGAUAAUGAGUAUGAAAUCAAGAGUAUUAACGGUGUCUUCCACGUCUACAAGGAUAAGGAAUACACACAGGAGGUGAAAUGUGAAUAUCCAAAUCUCAAGGAGUUCGUCAAUGACAUGCAGGUCAUGUGUAAUAUGAUUGUUGAUGGACCACUUAAAUCAUUUUGUUAUCGCCGCCUUUGUUAUCUCUCCUCGAAAUUCCAGUUGCAUGUACUCUUAAAUGAGCUGCGCGAGUUGGCCUCACAGAAGGCGGUGCCACAUCGUGAUUUCUAUAAUAUUAGAAAGGUGGACACUCACAUACACGCCGCUUCAUGCAUGAAUCAGAAACAUUUGCUGCGUUUCAUUAAGAAAACGUUGAAAAAGAAUGCCGAUGAAAUUGUGACAAUCACCAAAGGUCAACCAAUGUCACUGAAAGAUGUUUUCCAAUCGAUGAAUCUAACAACCUAUGAUCUAACUGUGGAUAUGCUGGAUGUGCAUGCGGACCGCAAUACAUUCCAUCGUUUCGACAAAUUCAAUUCCAAAUACAAUCCGAUUGGAGAAUCGCGUUUGCGUGAGGUCUUCCUCAAGACGGACAACUAUUCGAAUGGCAAAUAUUUUGCACAAAUUAUUAAGGAAGUCGCUUUCGAUUUGGAGGAAUCGAAAUACCAAAAUACCGAGCUACGUCUCUCCAUUUAUGGCAAAUCACCGGAUGAGUGGAAGAAGCUAGCCAGAUGGGCCAUCGAGUACAAUGUGCAUUCGACAAAUGUGCGCUGGUUGAUACAGAUACCACGUCUAUAUGAUAUCUUCAAAUCCAAUAAUUUGAUGAAUUCAUUCCAAAAUAUAUUGGAUAACAUCUUUAAGCCACUCUUCGAGGCUACCAGUCGCCCGAGUGAGCAUCCUGACUUACAUCGUUUCCUCAACUAUGUAAUCGGUUUCGACUCGGUGGACGAUGAGUCAAAGCCUGAGAAUCCAAUUAUCGAUUUAGACAUACCAACACCGGAAGCUUGGUGUGAAGAGGAGAAUCCACCAUAUGCCUACUACAUCUACUAUAUGUACGCGAAUAUGACUGUGUUGAAUCAGUACAGGAAAGCGCGCGGCAUGAACACCUUCGUUUUACGUCCGCAUUGCGGUGAGGCUGGUCCCGUGCAGCAUUUAGUCUGCGGCUACUUGAUGGCUGAGAACAUCUCUCACGGUCUGCUGUUGCGUAAAGUGCCUGUGCUGCAGUAUCUCUUUUAUCUGACACAAAUCGGCAUUGCCAUGUCGCCACUCUCCAAUAAUUCACUCUUCCUCAACUAUCAUCGCAAUCCGUUGCCCGAGUAUCUGGCACGCGGUCUAAUUGUCUCGCUUUCCACUGAUGAUCCACUGCAAUUCCACUUCACAAAGGAACCUUUGAUGGAGGAGUACAGCAUUGCCGCGCAAGUGUGGAAGCUGAGUUCAUGUGAUAUGUGCGAAUUGGCGCGCAACAGUGUGAUUAUGAGUGGUUUUCCGCAUAAGGUCAAACAACAUUGGCUCGGUCCCAACUACACGCGUGAAGGUGUUGCCGGCAACGACAUAACACGCACCAAUGUGCCCGACAUACGUGUGGCCUAUCGCCAUGAAACGCUGCUCGAUGAGCUGUCGAAUAUUUUCAAGGUGCACGAGAUACCGAAAAUGGUCGCAACAAUUGCAGAGACCAGUGCAAACGAAGCUGUAGUUGACGUUGAAGAGCGGGAGAAAGAGUAUCAAAUCGAAGCCGUUAAGUCAUUUUUUAUAGGCUCAGAGUAUAGCGGUCGCUUGGAUGAGUACUAACUUCUGUUUGUUAUUGUUUUAACACAUUAAAUUAAAUAUUUUUAUUUUUUAUAAUUUGCCAUCGAUGUUAAGAUUUUAAGGGAGUAAAAUAUUUGUAUGUAACUGUAACUGUAAUCAUAAUAUUGUUAUUUAGCGUAAAUUUAGCCUCUUCCAAUGAGUAUAACUGUUAAAAAAAUAUGUUGUUGUAUUUAUGCUCGCUCGUGUAUAUGUAAUCAGAAUUGUUUUGCGAUUUCCUCAAUUCGGCUUGUUAACCAAAAAAAAAUAUAUAUAUAUAUUGCUUAAGCAAAUGCAAAUUGUUUAUUGUCAAAACGUGUAACAAACGCAAGCAGAAAUUGUGUUUACUGCAACAAAAAAAUUAAAAAAUUGUUUAAUGGUGAAAAAAUGCAUAAAUAAAUUAUAAAAAUCCAUAUAAGCAUCAAA